AUGUCAUACACCGUCUAGUUUUCAAUGAUAAGAAGCAAUACUGAGCAGCCCACAUAACAGAAAUGCCUUAAGAAGACAAGUCUUUUUGGGUGACAUCAGAAGAAGCAUAGUGUAGUGAAAAGAACACAGGACUAGAGCCAGAAGAACUCUUACUGUAAAGUUACCAAGAAAAUAAUGGAUAACAAAAACUACUGUAAUCUGACAGACAAAUUGCCCCCCUUUAGUGACUCUCCCCACAUGCAGCUGACUCGGUCCUUCUACCUGGACCCUGUUGUCACUUUCCACCUAUAUCCAGAAGCUCCUGCCCCAUCCCCUUACUCUGAAGACCUGCCAGUUCUCCCUUUUACGCCUGACCAGCUAAUUGUGGAAAACUUUGGAGAUCCUGGUUCCUUCCCUUUUCAAAUGCCAUAUCCCUCUUCUGGAAGAUGUGAAUAUUCCUACGGUCCAGCAUUCAUCAGGAAACGAAAUGAAAGGGAAAGGCAGAGAGUCAAGUGUGUCAAUGAAGGCUAUGCCCAGCUUCGUCAUCACCUACCAGAGGAAUACCUGGAGAAGCGACUUAGUAAAGUCGAAACCCUCCGAGCCGCCAUCAAGUACAUUAAUUACCUGCAGUCUCUUCUUUACAGAGAUGAAAUUGAAAGCAAGAAUAAGCCAGGGAAAAGUCAGGCCAUUGUGGCAACUACCAGUCACCAGAUGGACCCCAUUUUUAAAAUUGUGUAAGUAGGGCCACGGUCUUAAGGGUACAGUGUUUACAGAAUCAUACCAUGUCUCUUACCAAGCUUUAGUUUUGUUAUUAGAAUCCUAUCACCAGAAGCAUCUUUAGAGGUUCAAUCAUCUGUCUGAAUCCUGCUCUACAAAGGAUGCCUGGUAAGGGGUCAUGCAACCUUUACUUCUUUCAAUUACUGUGAAUGGCAGUUGAUCCAGUUUUCAUAACCUCUGAGCUAACCUGGCACUGGGUAGUGGUUAGCUCUGUACAGCAUGUUUGAAAAUGUGUCUUGAGUACUACCAUGGGCUGAUGAGUUGGAGCUUUGAAUAUUGGUUUCUGGAAUUUUAGGAAGGCAGCAGUAGGUCCUAGUGCCUUUCAGGCAUCUGAUUUCUCAACUUAUGUAUGUCUCUGUCCAUUUGUAGCUUCCCAUGGAUUAUUAUUUCAGAGAUUUUUUUUUUAAUGUGGAAGGAGAAGAUUUUAAUUCAUUUGUUGAGGGUCUACUAUAUGAGGACACAGUUGUGGGAGCUGAGGGAGAUACAAAAUUUGGAUAAGACUUAGUUCCUAUCCUCUAUCUAAUCCCACAGACAAAUCACCUGUCUUCCUGAAGCUUCCCCAUAGGAGGGGAAUGUACAUGUCAAUAAUUAUAAUACAAAUAAUACAAGCUAAGUGCAUUAGAAAGAAGUAUUCUGUGAUGUUUCAAAGGGUAGGAAAGGUUGCUACAGACAAGGGAGAAUCUGAGAAGGCUGCUCAGAGAAGAAGACAUUUAAUUUGGGCUUUAGAGCCUGGUUAGGAGUUUGUCAAAUGAAAUAGUACAUUUCCCAGCAACCUUAUGAGAUCAAAUUGGAAAAAUACCUCAGGAAUAGUGGAACAAUGGCCCGGGGCAAAGAGUAGCCCAGGUAGGCUGAAGCAGAAAUUUCACAGCAAGAAAUAGUAUGAGAUGAAGCUGGAAAGGUAGGGUGGAAAAUGAUCCCUGUCCUAAAGGAGAUUAUUUUUGACUGGGGAUAUAACAUAUAAACAUGUAAAAAGUAAAUACGAGAUAAUUUGAGGAGGAUGCCAAACAACGAGGAAGAUCAGGAAAGGUUUCAUGUAAGGAGGUGCUUCCUGAGGAAGCUAAGGAAGCUUUGGAGGAAGCUAAGGAUUCUAAGACGUGCAAAUGAGAGCCUCGAAUGCCAAGUAAAGAAAAGAGUUUGGACUUCUUUUAUCCUGUAGGCAAUAGAGAGCCAGCUACUGAAGAUUUUUGAGUAUAGACAUGAAGAUGGACAUGAUCAUAUCUAUACAUAAGAAAGAUUCUUCUACCAAUGAGGGAGGAAAAAAGAACUGUUUAGAAGUCAUUAUAAUAAUCCAGGGAGCUUGUAACAAGGACCUAUACUAGGUGGUAGCAGUGGCAAUAGAGAGGAGGGCAUAAAUGCUGGAGACAUUAUAGCGGUGGAAUCUACAGGUUGUUGCCCUCACCUUGUCUUUUCAUGAGUUUGAUCAGUCAAAUUGUCAGAUACUUUAAAGAUAUCCUAUAAUAACCAACCAAAAUGAACCUACUUUUGGGGUUUUUUUAGUGUUUUUUUCUUACAUGUAGACAGCUUUUUAAGUCUGUAGUUCUUAUUACUUGGUAAUAAGCAGGAAUCUGAACCUUAUGAACCUUCAUCAUAAGAGAAGCCAAAAAACUAGCUGAGGGGGAAAAGUGGUGGAUAAAGUUAGAGUAAUUUAGAAGAUCCUGCUGCAUUCAAAAUGAUUAUAAAUACAACAGAUCUAAAGUCAACCUUUUCCUAGUCUCCUGUAACAGGUUCUGUCUUCCCACUUCUUUCUCAAUGAUACCAUUGAGUGAUACCACUGAUUCCAUAUUAUUCCCAUUAUUUCUCCCUUGGGGUGUUUUUUUUGGGGGGGGGAAGAGGUUCAUUGUUUUAUGCCAAAUGCUUUGCAAUGUGUUGUAUUUGUGUCUUGAAUAGUCAGUGAAGAGUAUUCUACUGGUAGGGCUCAGACCAUGAUUUAUAUAAUUGAUUACCUCCAGAUAACCCACACUGUAAAUGGGACUCCAAGCCAUAGUUUUCAUGGACGACUUCAGAGGACAUUUGUUACAUUUAAACCCAUUUAGUGCAGACAUUUUGUGCCACUUUAUUUAGUUCUAGGUUAUCUUUGGUCAUGUUUGCUGACUAUUUCCUCAGUAGUAGUCUUGCUUUCCCAACUUCAUAAACUGAAAGCAGAGAUUAUGUCUUCUUUCUCAUGGAUUACUCAAAGAGCUUUCACAGUACUGGACACAUGGUCUUCAACCACUGUGACAUAAGAAAAUGUUUUCUCAGGAGAUGAUUUUUCUUGAUAGUAUUAAUAAGCAAAAUUAUUCUUUUCCUUUUCCAACUGGUUGAAUAAAGUUUUUUUUAAAUGA